CAAAUGCAAGAGUAGAAAAGCAAAAAUAACACACGAAUAAAUCACAAUCAAUAAUGAAAGUAGAUUUUAUGUGGCUGAAUGGCCCCUGACUGUGGUUUAUUAAUAUUUUGAAUGAUUAUCACUGAUGAAUUAAUGUUAUUAAUUAAUGUUGAGGCUUAUUUCAGCUGAUUUAUCUACAUCUGUGCAGUUUAAUGUGCACUAAUGCUUCAGCACGGUGCUACAGAGAAUAAAGGUCAAACAGGAAUACGGCAGGUUUACCUCUGCUCCCUCUGUGAUGCAUUAAUGUGGUUGGGGGAGGAAAUGACAUUAAAUCAUUAAAUGUACCUUUGCUCUGCACACACUCACUGCAGCUUCGUUCCUGCUGGAAAACUGAUUAAAUCUCGUCAUCUAGUGGAGGAGACUGGGAUGUACAGGGACGCUGUAGCGAUCAGCUGACUCCAGUGAAUUUCUUUCUGGCUCGAGUUUUGCAGCGGCUGCAGAGCAAAACAAAACCCCCACUAACCCGCCGCUGUGUUUUCUCCAUCCCACCGCUUUGCGCUAACUCCAGGCUUUAACACCGAGCUGACCCUGAUGAAAAACUAAAGGCUGCAGCUCCUGAAUGAGUGGCUGUGAGCUCUGUCUGUGUUUGUGAAGACAUGGGCAGGUAUUUCCACAGCGAGGUCGACAUUAAGAGUCCAUGGCAUCAGGUGUUGGCUGCUUUCUGGCAGCGGUACCCAAACCCAUACAGCGCCCACGUCCUCACCGAGGAUGUCCUGUACCGCGAGGUCACCCCCAGCAACCACCUGUUGUCACGGCGACUGCUGACCAAGACCAACCGGCUGCCAGGCUGGGCAGAGCGCGUCUUCCCCACCCACAUGGCCCGGGCCGUCUACGUCCUGGAGGACUCCAUUGUGGACCCGGACAGACACACACUCACCACCAAAACCUGGAAUCUCAACCACAACACACUGAUGACGGUGGUGGAGCGGUGUUCAUUUGAGGAGGACCACAGUCGGCCCUCGUGGACCAAACUGAGGAGGGAGGCCUGGAUCUCCUCGGCUGUCUACGGCCUGGCCCGGCCCAUACAGGAGUUUGGUCUCAGCAGGUUUAAAAGUAACCAGGCCAAAGCCAUGAGGGGGCUGGAGUACGCUCUGUCCAAGAUACAGACUGAGGCUCCCUCUAAUCUCCAUGGCGACCAGGGAGAGUCGUCAGAGAAGCACAAGCCCCUCCCACCUCAAACCACGCCCACCUCUACCCAGAAGCCCAAGCAGUUUGUCUGAAUGUUGUCUGUUAGAACAGGAAAUGCUGCCUCUACUGAUCUGAACCGGUACUGCAGGGGCAGGGCACCACAUCAACUCCAGCUGUGAUUGGUUGCUUUGUGAAGUCCAUCAUCAGAGAACUGGUUUUAAAUUUGACUGAAAAUAAUGAAUAUUAUACCUUUUCUAGAUUAUUCUGUAGUAUUUAAUUUGGGUUAGUUUAUGUAGAGGUAAACUUUCUCACCUGAGAUUCUGUUAUUUUAAAAAAAAUAUAUAUCUAUCUAUUUAAAAUCUAAAUUUGUAUGUUCUUCUUAGUAUUAGAUUAGAUGACAUUUUGAUGUAUAUGGCUCACAAUAGUUAUUUUCUGUUUUCUUAGUCAUGAUUUUUAUACUUUUAUAUGAACAUUGUUAAUUUUUAUUUUGAAUUCUUUCAUAAUCAUUUCAUCCAUUCCAGUGACAUUUUUCUAUUAUUUUCAUCAUCAUUUAGCAAAAAUACUGUUUCACUGUGACCUCUUGCCUGCUCUGUUGAGAUUAUUCUCUGUAUUUGUAGACAGUCAGAAAAUUAUGCAUCAUGAAAUUUGUUUUAUUUAUUUACAUGAAUGUUGCAUCAUAUCAGAACUGUGUUCAUUUUAGAAUCGGAUUGUUUUAUAGAUCAGAAAUAGUUUAUCUGAGGAAGAUUGUCCCUGUGUCAUCACCCUCUGGUGGUCAUCUCAUGAUAUUAAACUUUAAAGGUUGCUAUAAGUAUAUUUUUGCAAUCACUACAUAGCUAACAACAGCAUUUACGAGUCUAGAAGACUUGUUUUGCUUCUAUUUCUAUCAUUUCUUUCCUGCUAAACAUGGUUUCUUGCCCUCGUGUUGCACUGAGGGAAGGCAGCGACUGACUAUCGCCUCAUGAGGUUCAAAUUGGUAUAACGAUACAGGAACUUAGCUGGUUAGCAUGCUAACUUCAAUAGAUACUGUAUCUCUGCAACACAAUACACAGAUGUCUUUGACAUAACAUCAAACCUGUGAGUUCUUUACAUCUUGUUGAUAAUUUCCAUGAAUUUUUAAACAAUAUAACACCUUUAAAGUUAUAUUUCAUUCCUGGUUGAUUUGUUGACACCUAAAACUACAGCACUGAUUAUGUAUCUACUUUGUUGUUAAAUGUUAAAGCAGCUGAUGUAUCUGAUUACAUUGUGUUUUAAUGUGAAGCAGCAGCAGUAGGAAAUGUUGCAACAUCAGUCUGAUCAAAUUACAAACAGUAACACUGGAUUUCAUGUUGCACUGAUUUCCGUCAAUCUCUAAUGUGUGAAGGUAAUUUAAAUUCCAGAUGG